AUGCUGCAGCGACUACUUCGCCCAGCUCGUCUGCUUGGACCCCGCGUCCCAUCCAGAACAACCUGUAGGCCGCACAUUUCGCCGGCUUUCCUCAGUUCAUCUCGAGCAAGAUCUAUCCACGCCCGUGCCACCGAUUACCUUCCAAGCAAUCUACCCGAGUGGACCGAGUCCCAGCGAGAAGUCCGCGAGGCUAUUGCCAAAAUCUGCGCCAAAUACCCAGAUGAAUAUUGGCUUGAGCGGGAUAAUGACCAUAGGUUCCCGUGGGAGCUAUCUCGAGACCUAGCCGACAACGGAUGGCUCGGUAUCUGCCUGCCCGAAAAGUACGGAGGAUCUGAGCUAGGCAUUUCCGAGGCGGCAGUAAUGCUCCAGACUAUCUCCGAGUCGGGCGCGGGUCAGGGCGGCGCGUCAUCUGUCCACAUGAACAUCUUCGGACUGGAGCCCGUGGCCAAAUUCGGCUCAGAGGAACAAAAGGAACGCUGGCUUCCACCGCUCAUUCAGGGCAAGGAGCGCGCCUGCUUUGCCGUCACGGAGCCUAAUACUGGCCUAGACACGCUAAAGUUACAAUCUUCCGCCCGACGAGACGGUGAUCACUAUGUGCUUAGUGGCUCUAAGGUCUUUAUAUCAACAGCUCAGGUCGCUGAAAAGGUCCUGAUUUUGGCAAGGACAACAGCUCUCGGGGACGUGAAGAAGGUCACUCAAGGCUUGUCGCUAUUCUACACAGACCUUGACCGUUCUGUUGUCGAAGUCACGGAAAUCCCCAAGAUGGGACGAGCCGCCGUUGAUACGAAUGUGCUCUUCUUUGAUGGAUGGAAGAUCCCAGCAAGCGAUAUGAUUGGACAGGAGGGCGACGGAUUCAAGAUGAUUAUGCAUGGCAUGAAUGCCGAGCGAAUACUGAUUGGUGCCGAAGCGUUGGGAAUUGGAUAUGCAGCACUCCGGCGCGCCUGUAACUAUGCCAACGAACGAGUUGUCUUUGGGAAGCCGGUUGGAACGUAUCAGGGGCUUCAGCAUCCACUAGCUGAGUGCUGGAUGAAUCUCGAAAGCGCUCGGCUAAUGAUAUAUCUAGCUGCACGAUUGUACGACCAAGGUUAUACGGAUGGAGAGUAUGCUAACGCAGCUAAAUACUUGGCAUCCGAGGCAGCCUUCAAGUCUGCCGAGAGAGCGAUCCUGACACACGGCGGAAUGGGUUACGCGAAGGAGUAUCAUGUCGAGAGGUAUUUGAGGGAAUCCCUGAUAUCACGGAUCGCUCCCGUGAGCGGGGAGAUGAUCAAGAACUAUAUAGGGCAGAGGGUGUUGGGUCUGCCAAAGAGCUACUAG